AUGGCCAAGAGUCGAGUAAAGAAACCCAUUACAUCAGCUGCGCCUACGUCUGGAGCCAAGUUUAAGCGGUCGCGUGUAGAAACGGCUCGUCUCAUUCGCCGAUUUCACGUUCUCAACAAAGAAUUAGCGAAAUGUCGCAAUGAACAUCCAAAGGAUACGGUCAAGGAGAAACAGAUUCUUGAUGAAAUGGAGGCCAUGGGAGGUUUGGACUGGUACCAGCGAGCGUCCCAGCUAGGGCAGAGCAAAGAACGAGGAGGUGAUUCGUCGAAAUGGCUUAUACAAGCAUUAAAGACCGAGUGCAAAGCGAUGGUGGAUACAGCGAAAAAGCCAUUGCAAGUGCUUGACGUGGGCGCGGUUCAGCCAGACAAUUACAAGGCUUACCAGUCAUGGAUCCAAGCUAAACCCAUUGAUCUGAAUCCACAGCAUCCGGAUAUCGAGAAACAAGACUUUCUGCGUAUGCAGCCCACUGACGCCAAAUUCGAUAUUGUAUGUCUCAGCUUGGUCGUCAAUUUUGUCGGAGAUCCCAGAGAUCGAGGUCAAAUGCUACUGCAUACUCGAAAUUUCUUGUUCUCGCCUGUGGUGAAAGAUCGUCUGCAUCUACUGUACCUUGUCCUGCCGUUACCGUGUAUCGACAAUUCGCGCUACAUGUCACACGAUCAUUUGAUGGCCAUGAUGGCUUCCAUUGGAUACAGUCACUGUAUCAAGCAUCAUUUUUCAAAGAAAUUGGCGUAUUACUUAUUUGAAUACAAGGCCAAUCUGCGUCCCAAAACAGCGUGGAAAAAGAAGAUUUUACCACAGCAAGAAGGUGGAGGACGAAAUAAUUUUGCCAUUGUCAUCGAUCCUCCUUCAGCGACAAAGUAA